AAAACACUCAGGUGAACGGAAUUGCGGAACCAGUCGACUGACACUCAGGCAGCCGCAGUGCCAGCGGGUUUCCUUUUUCCAGCUCUUGGCACCGACCGACCAGCAUCACUGCUACCAGCUACCCAGUCACUGCACUCUUUUCUUCUUGCGUGGCGUAAGACCAGAAGAGAGCCAUGAAGGGGCACUGUUUUUCCUUCCUCGUCGUCGUCGUCGUCCUGGCCGUUUUCGAGCCGACCCUUGCCGCCAAAAACAUGCGAAUGGCGUUUGAGAAGCUGACUGACUAUGACUACCGCGGCACCUCUUACUACACGGCGAAGAACCUGACCCUGAGCGAGUGCCAGGGCUGGUGUCGACAGGAGCCCAACUGCUUGGCCGCUGCAUUCAGCUUCGUGCCCAACCCGCUAACCCCCGUGCAGGAGACCCUGUGCCAGCUGCAGAACGAGACGCAGGCCUCCAACCCCACUGCCACCGCCCAGCGGGCCGUCAAUAUGUACUACAUGGUCAAGGUCCAGAUCAGAUCAGACAAUGUCUGCCCGCGUCCUUGGACCUUUGAGCGCGUGCCUAACAAAGCGAUCAGGGGCCUGGACAACGCUCUGAUCUACACCUCGAGCAAGGAAGCCUGCUUGGCCGCCUGUCUUAACGAGAAACGCUUCAUUUGCCGCUCGGCCGAGUACAACUACGCCAGUCUGCAGUGCCACUUGAGCGACACCGACCGCCGCACCGCCGGCACCGGACCUCUUAGCCAGCUCGUUGACUCUCCUGGAGUUGAUUACUUUGAGAAUCUCUGUCUUAAUGGUGCCGAUGCUUGCAAGGGCAAGAAGACAUUUACGCCUCCCAGAAUCGGUGUUGCCGACGAAAAGAUCUCUCAGUACGUGUCUCUCAACUUCUAUGUGGACAAGGAGCUGCAGGCUCCGUCUGAGGCAGCUUGCAAGCGUGCCUGCGAAGUGGAGUCAGAGUUCCUGUGCCGCUCUGCCCUUUACCGCGCUGACAAGACCUCGUACAACUGCCAGCUGUUCCACCUGGACCACCGCUCCCUGCCCGACGGCCCCAGCACCUUCCUCACCGCUGAGCGUCCUCUCAUUGACACCGGAGACAACGCUGGAGCCUACUUUGAAAAUUAUUGCGACCAGAAAACCACCUCUGAAAAUCUGCCUAUUACUGUGGACAAAAUCGAGGACAACACUCUGACAAAUGAAACCCGCUCAGACAUCAACUGCGACAAGACUGGAACCUGCUAUGACGUGACCGUCAACUGCAAGGACACUCGUAUCGCUGUGGCGGUGCGCACCAACAAACCCUUCAACGGCCGCAUUUACGCUCUUGGCCGCUCUGAGACCUGCAACAUCGAUGUUGUCGAGUCUGACAGCUUCCGACUGGACCUUACUAUGACUGGCCAGGACUGCAACACCCAGUCUGUGUCUGGAGUGUUCACCAACACUGUGAUUUUGCAACACCACAGCGUCGUGAUGACCAAGGCUGACAAGAUCUACAAGGUCAAGUGUACGUACGACAUGUCGCCCAAGGACGUCACCUUCGGCAUGAUGCCCAUCAGAGAUCCCGAUAUGAUCAGCAUCACUUCUGCUCCUGAGGCACCUCCCCCAAGGAUCAGGAUUGUGGACGGAUCUCUCAGGGAGGUCGAGACCGUGCGCAUUGGAGACAAGCUCACCUUCCGCAUCGAGAUCCCCGACGACACCCCGUACGGAAUCUUCGCCAGGAGCUGCGUUGCUAUGGCCAAGGACUCCAAGAGCACCUUUGAAAUCAUUGAUGAGAAUGGCUGCCCCGUUGACCCCACCAUCUUCCCCGCUUUCGAGCCCGACGGUAACGCCCUGCAAUCCGUGUACGAGGCCUUCCGCUUCACCGAGUCCUAUGGAGUCAUCUUCCAGUGCAACGUCAAGUACUGUCUUGGACCCUGCGAACCUGCUGCUUGCGACGCUGGCGUCCAGUCUUGGGGCAAGAGGAGGAGGCGUUCCGUCAACUCCACUGAGGAGGCUUCCGAUGAUGACAUGUCCAUCAGCCAAGAAAUCCUGGUGCUCGACUUUGGAGAUGAGAAGAAUAAGGACUUCCUGCGCUCGGUCGAGCCUGGCAGGACGCCCUCUGCUGAAUUUGAUGAGCCGCUGGUGACUCCCGUGAGCAGCGAGCAGUGCUCUGGUCGCGGCACCCUGCUGGCCCUGUCGGUGACCUGCGCCCUGCUGGCUCUGCUCUACGUCAGCACCGUCAGCUGCUACUGCGCCAAGAACUGGUUGAUGCCCCGCAAAGGCUUCGUGGACGCCUAAUCGACUGAUAAACGAACUCUUUUUUAACCCUUUUAGCCGUGUUCCCUUUUUCUUCACGCGUCGUGUCAAAACAGAAAAUUAAUAAUUACGCUCUCAGACUGCAGAUUCGACUGGAAUCUUUGUUUUUCGUCGUGAAGAUUUCAGUUGAAUGGUAGCGUGUCAGGCAUUUUCAAACUAUAUUUGAUAAAGGAGUCCCAAGUACAAACGAUAGUGAUGAAUGCUGAGAAAGGGCACAUUGUUGAACACACCACAAUCGACGAAAUAGUUACUAGUAAUUGAUGCAAUUGAAGGACCAGUUUUAUUUCCGUUUUUAAGCAGAGGAGAGCUCUUUACUCCUUUUCGUAGUGACCAUCUCAAAAUGCCAACUGACUUUAAUAUUUUUGUUAUAUUAACGAAAUUAACCACACAGCCGAUUGGCGUGAAUUCUACUGCAUUUUGCCCUAUGUGUCGUUCGAAGAAAGUUUUUGUAAAAAGAGAGUAGAGUUCACUCCAAACCUGAGUUUCUGUGAGAGGAUAUCUGCACAAAGAUGCCUGGUUCAUUGUUUUUGUGCACUUAUCCCGGUUCUCAAGGAUGGAAAAUGUAGCGGAGGGUGUUGGGUAUACAAAAGGCCUUUUUGCUGCGCCAACGAGCCGGAAAGCAGCGAAAACGGCGGGAUUUUAACCUCUUAACAAAUUAAAUUAUCCUUAUUUAUUAUUUAUUUUGUGAGUAGAACAAAGCAUGACUAAUAAAACACAGAAGCGUAUUGAAUUCUUUUACCAUUUGUGCCGUUUGUAAAUAUAUUAUUUAUUGUACCGUCUGCUAACUCAAAUAAAAUGGAAAGCUGAGAAAUGAACUUUCAUAUGAAAA